AUGGAAGAAAUAAAAGCUGAUUAUAAAAUAGAACCAGAAAGAAAAGAAGCUGUCAUAGACACUUCUAAUUGGCCAUUAUUACUAAAAAAUUACGAUAAAUUGAAUAUACGUACUUCUCACUUUACCCCAUUACCAAUGGGAAAUUCUCCUUAUUCAAGAAGUUUAGAAGAAUAUUUGAAGUAUGGUAUAAUUAAUUUAGAUAAACCAAGUAAUCCAUCUUCUCAUGAGGUAGUAUCAUGGAUAAGAAAAAUUUUAAGAUGUGAAAAAACAGGGCAUAGUGGUACUUUAGAUCCUAAAGUUACAGGAGUUUUAUUAGUAUGUCUAAAUAGAGCAACUAGAUUAGUAAAAUCUCAACAAGAAUCAGGAAAAGAAUAUGUUUGUGUAUGUAAAUUUCAUUCAAAGCCAAAAAGUAUAGAAGAUGUAAAAUUAGUAUUGAAUAAUUUUCAAGGUGCCAUAUUUCAAAGGCCACCAUUAAUAUGUGCAGUUAAAAGACAAUUAAGAGUUAGAACUAUAUAUGAAACUAAAUUGUUAGACUAUGAUGAUAUAAAUAAUUUAUGUGUAUUUUGGGUAAAAUGCCAAGCAGGAACAUAUAUAAGGACAUUAUGUGAGCAUGUAGGUUUACUACUAGGAGUAGGAGCUCAUAUGCAAGAAUUGAGAAGAGUUAAGUCAGGUAAUAUGACAGAAUACGAUAAUAUGUGCACCUUACAUGAUAUUUUGGACGCACAAUAUAUAUAUGAUACAACUGGUGAUGAAACAUAUUUAAGAAAAAUAAUUGCCCCAUUAGAAAAACUAUUAGUAAACUUUCCACGUAUAGUUAUAAAAGAUAGUGCUGUUAAUGCAAUUUGUUAUGGUGCUAAAUUAACUAUUCCUGGUGUUUUAAGAUUUGAUAGCAAUAUAGAUAUAAACUCAGAGAUUGUCUUAAUGACUACAAAAGGAGAAGCAGUAGCAUUAGCUAUUGCUCAAAUGACAUCUACUGUUAUUGCAACAGUUGAUCAUGGUAUUGUUGCAUUAACUAAGAGAGUAAUAAUGGAUAGAGAUACAUAUGAUGUUAAAUGGGGAUUUGGAAAUAGAUCUAUGGAAAAAAAAAAAUUAAUAUUAGCAGGACUUUUAGAUAAAUAUGGAAAACCUAAUGAAAAAACUCCAUUAAGUUGGAUUAAAAGUGAAGGAUAUGCUCCUAAAUUGAUUGGUGAUACUUCAAAUUAUACUUUAAAUACUGAAAAUAAUAAUAUUAGUGAAGAAAAAAGGAAUAAUGAAAAUACUGAAAAUGAUCCGAAUAAUCAAAGAAAUCGAAGUAAUCACAAUUCUAGUUUAAAUAAUAAUGAUGAACAAAAGAUUACCGAACUUUUAGAAUCAAAUAAACCAAAAAACAAUGAUACAGAACAACCAGAUUCUUCUGUCUUAAAAAAAAAAAGGAGAAAAAAAUAA